UCAUGUUUGACAACAACUACGUGGAUUUCGGGAAGAUCUUUUGCCCCCUUAAAUCGUCCAACGAUGACUAAAUUACAAUAUCUGAAUGUGUAUCUAACUGAGCGUCUCAUGCAAGCUGCUGAGGAGAUACUAAGAGUUGUCGCAGACACGAUCUCCGAGUACCAGGAAGAAAUAGCCCGGACAAAGAGAGAAAACCAGUACCUGAAACGACACUUGAUCACACCGGUCCCACCGCCGGCCCCUCAGCCCACACUGUCUUGGGUCUCGGAGCCGCACACUCCCCCUGAGCAGCAGCACUGUGAGCAGGAGUGGAGGCGCAGUCUGGGCCAGGAGGACCCAGAGCCCACACAGAUUAAAGAGGAACAGGAGGAACUCAGGACCAGUCAAGAGAAAGAGCAGCAUCAAGUGCUGGAGUAUGAUACCAAAGAAGACUACAUAUCUACUCCUCCCUGUGUGAAAAAUGAUGCGGACCGACCUCAGCCCUCACAUCUUCCCCGAACCCAAACUGUGGAGAACAGAGAGGGGGAGUCUCUACUGACCAACACAACUGGAAAGAUCAAAACAGAACCUGAUGGCUAUGGAGUAUCACUAUCAGAACCAACCAGUGACUCCCCUCAGUCUCAGCCCGUCUCUGAAGUAAAUCCAGACUGUUCUAGAACACAAAGUCAGAACACUGAGAACACUGAAAGUGUUCCUAUUGUUCCAAGAGAUCUAGAAAGGAGACCAGAGGAGGACACACAGACACACUCAUGUACUCAGUGUGGUGCCGUGUUCUGUGAACUAUCCCAACUGGAGGCACACAUGCUAGCCCACACAGUACCACACAGUGGUGACACGAGUCGCAGGCAAAUCAUCUGCACAGUCUGUUGGAAGUCAUUCACCUCUACCAGUUACCUCAAGGUCCACCAGCGUUCUCACACUAAGGAGAAGCCCUUUCACUGUGGUGUGUGUGGCAAGAGCUUCAGCUACUCAGGGAAGUUCAGGGAACACCAGCGGAUCCACACGGGAGAGAGACCUUACCACUGCUACGUGUGUGGGAAACACUUCAACCAGUCAGCCCACCUGAAGGCCCACCUAAGGGUGCACACGGGGGAGAAACCCUACUCCUGUCCUGUCUGUGGGAAAGGAUUCAGUCAGUCCAGCCAGAUCAAGAGACACCUCAGAACUCACAUCCAAGGGACGUAGAAGAAAGAUACCUUGGAGAGGAAAGAGCCCAUGACUGAAUAGAUGGACAGAGCCCAUGACUGAAUAGAUGGACAGAGCCUUCUGUUCUCAAAGUGCCCAGCGUUUGGGAAGAGAAAGAGAUAAAGAAAUGUCUUAUUUUCAGUGCUACUAAUUAUACAUAUACAGUGCCUUCAGAAAGUAUUCAUACCCCUUGAUGUAUUCCACAUUUUGUUGUUACAGCCUGAA